GUGUGCGUAGACUCUGCUAUAAUUAAAUCCGGAGACGGUAACUAGUAUUAAAAAUAUGCAACUCGUUGUUUUCGUAAUAUUGCAUUGGUCAUUUUGACCAGUAAUUGUUGAUUAACGUCACAGCGAAAUGCAAACAGAUUUAUCGCAGCACAAUAGCUUGGGCAGUUGUUUACCAAAUAAAAGCCACAUUCCUACAAAUAUCAAUUAUCGUCGUUUUCUUAGAAACAUUUCGUCAUUCCUGUGUAAUUUUAGGUAAUGCAUUCCGAAAACAAGACGUUGCUUGUGAUUAUUUUGUUUAUAACCUUAAAUAUUACAUUGAGUAUAAAAAUAAACGAACAAGAUGUAAAUUCUAUUCAGGAUAACGGAUAUCAAGAGAUUUAUAAAGAUAAUGAUGGUUUACGUAGUCGACUUAUGGAUAAAAAAAUUGAAUAUCAAAAAUCACAAAUGUUGGACCAUUUAACUAAUAAUACAGUUUAUGUUGAUGGAAUACCGCAUUACGAUGUCCAUACUGCUGAAGAAAAGGAAAGAAUAAAUAAAAUGGAGACUGGAUUUCUUUCUAUGUUGUCUAUGAAAGGUGUUAAAUAUAUAUUCAAAAGAGGUUUUCAUUGGAGGACGUGGCGGGAUAUCGAAAAUGAAGGAAACAAAACGAUUAUUUGUUACAAAUGCAAAGGCGUGGGAAAUACUUCUUGUAAAAAUUGUUUAACAUCUGGUUAUUGGGUCAUGGAAGAAAAACCACCACCUUGUCCUUAUGAAAUACUAUCAGUAACAAACAAUAACCAGAUAUGUUCAAUUUACUUCGCCCAAUGGAACGAUGUCUCCAGUACCUGUCCCACUUUGAUUAACCUAAACGAUUUGUUAUCUGUAUGCGACAAUCCUUUAGAAACCGAAUGGAAAAUAACCAGUAAAUAUAACGAUUUGGAAUCGGAAACUACACUAGCUGACAUCUGUAAAGGGCGGGAAAGUUGUCGAAUUUUGACAUUAUACACGAUAUUACCGCAUUCCAUUCUAUUCAGAAUUAUAAAUAGAACGAAUCAUAUAAUAUAUUCAAGAGUUAUGAUGAACGGCCACAGGAAUUACGCCUGCGUAGAUAACUGCGGGAUCAUAGAUAGAAAAACUAACAGAAUCAUUAAAAACGAUUCACCUCUUAUCUUCGAUUUAUUAUCAACAAAUUCGGAUACCCAUAAAAAUAAAAGAGAAAACAAGAUAAACAACACAGAAUCUACCACAGAUCCUGCUUUAAGGAGUUUAUUUUUCUUAUCAAAAAACGUUAAAUACUUCAAUCGAGAUAACAUUGGUAAAGAAAGUAUGAACCACACACUUAAUCCAAAUUCAAAAAUAGAAGAAGUAUUAACAAAGAGUCUUUGUAAGAAAAUAGAAGAAAUGUACAAAGAAAAUGAUUACAGUGAAACGGUUGAAACGUAAAAGUUACAAAACCGACAAAUCUAACAAACAUUGGGUUUCUGAAGUAUCCAUUAAUUUUGCCGUUACCUAGUGAUUCAUUAGUAUUUGGUUGAUCUAUGUUUUAACGGAGUAAAACAAGUUAAUUCAAAAACUAAUUUCAUGUAGUUAUCGAAAAAACAAAGAAUGGGUAACGUAGUUGAGAAGCCAUAAGCACACAAAGUUUAGUAGUACUAUCGGGUAAUUUUGCAGUGUUCCACUUUGAAGCUACAAUGUGAAAAGACGCGACGACCCAAAACACCAAUAAAACACAGCAUAUCAGUGAGUACGCAAAAAGGUUCCUGUCGUUUGCUAAUGGCUAUUUACAUGCAUUUUGUAUUAUUGCAAGUAACGAGGCAAUUAAAAGUGGGACACUGCGAAGAGCCCUAACUGUACAUCAAUUUUUAAAACUCUUCUUAAAAUUGUUUCAAAUAGCUUUUGUAUGUGUUCUUUCUAUUUUUUCAAGCAUUGCAAUUGCGUAAAUUACACUAUUUACUCUACGUAUAUUAAAAUCAACUUAAAAGGAAAACUAUUUAAUAUUGAGAUAUGGUAGAUAAUGUUACCAGCUAUACAAAGACUAAAAAAGUUUUAUUGUUAAAAAUAAAAUUCCGUCUAACGAGAAUUUUCAUUUCCUAACCUUUGUAUCAAAUUAGUAACUAAAUCUACAAGAUAAUUAAAACACAGAAUAGCACAUCACUAACAAGCAAGCCUUUGUGUGACAUAUAACGUUACACGGUGUAACAUAACUUAUACUUCGAACAUUAAUAGUUAACACUUGGUAUGCGGGGAACGUUUUUUUACGUAAUUGCAGUCUGUCGCUGGAGCGCGGGUCACGUAAUAAUGCGUAUUUAGAACUGCAAUAUAUCCGGUAAACGAAAUAUCCCCGCGAUUUACUAAAAUCCGCUGCACAUGUAAUUCAAAGCAAGUAUUCUCCGCACGCCAUCAUCAUAUCUACGUUAUCCAACUCCCGUAGACAGUGCAAAGGGUUUUCGUCCUCCAAAUAACUCUAUCAUCCGUCAUCUCAGUCAUCAUUCCCUUCUCAAGGGCGGAUCCUUUGGCGCCAGGGGUCAAGUCAAGAGCUUGACAAAAUAUGUAAAUAUAUUUUGUCAAACUCUUGACCAACCAGCUCAAGGGGGUCAUGACCUCAAUGACCCCCCCUGGAUACGCCGUUG